GGGGCUGGCGCGCGCAGGCGCACGAAGGACGUAGGUGUGAGUCGCUUCUGGCGGUGCUGGAGCCACCGAGGCCGGAGAGGAGUGGCCGGAACUGCUUGAAUUUCCGUGCCUCUCAAGAAUUUUAAUUCACCAUGGAUAAUCUAUCUUCAGCAGAAAUUCAGCUGAGGGCUAACCAGGUGACUGAUGAGUCUCUGGAAAGUACAAGGAGAAUCCUUGGUUUAGCUAUUGAGUCUCAGGAUACAGGAAUCAAGACUAUCACUAUGCUGGAUGAACAAGGGGAACAACUAAACCGUAUAGAAGAAGGCAUGGACCAAAUAAAUAAAGACAUGAGAGAGGCAGAGAAGACUUUAACAGAACUCAACAAGUGCUGUGGCCUUUGUGUCUGCCCAUGUAAUAGGACAAAAAACUUCGAGUCUGGUAAGGCCUAUAAGGCAACAUGGGGAGAAGGUGAUAAGAACUCUCCUGGCAACGUAGUGUCUCAGCAACCAGGUCGAGUGAAAAAUGGCCAGCCUCAGCCAACAGCCUCAGGAGCAGCAAGUGGUGGCUACAUUACACGUAUAACUAAUGAUGCCAGAGAAGAUGAAAUGGAAGAGAACCUUACUCAAGUGGGAAGUAUCCUUGGAAAUCUGAAAAACAUGGCCCUGGACAUGGGCAAUGAGAUUGAUGCUCAAAAUCGACAAAUUGAGAGAAUCUCAGAGAAGGCUGAUACCAACAGAGAUCGAAUUGACAUUGCCAAUGCCAGAGCAAAGAAGCUCAUUGACAGCUAAAGCCACUGCUGAAUCUCUAUCAUUUGUUCACUUUUCUAGCUCCUCCUCCAAGUCACAUCCUUUUCAGAGUUUGAAAUUUUGGUUCAGUGAUCUUCUCAUUAUCAGGAGAUAAUGUGGAAGAAGUGCUAGGAAUAAUAGCUUCCCUAUUUUAUUUUUUUUUUCUUGAAGGCAGAUUCUUGCUUGCCCUUCUAGUAUUUUUUUCUCAUACUAUGAUUGGUUUUCAUACAUCAUAUACAGUAUUUUCCCCCCAUUAUCCUCAUUUACUUGAGCAGGUUCUUUUGCUUUCAAGAUUUGGAAGCACUGCCAAAGAGGCCAUAAAACAGGAAGAUGGAGGCACAAAAAGUAGAUGUUACCUCUACAGUAAAACUUGUCACAUACAAAAGAAGUUGCAUUGCCAGUUAAGAUCUGGUUGGGUUUGUUUAGUUUUUAAGUUGCAGUUGUUGCUGGUUUAGACUCAUGCUUGGUUUUGGAGCUUUUAUACACACUACUUUUGUUAUGCACUGCAACAUUGCAUUUCUCUGCUUUAAAAAAAAAAGGUUUUCUUAAAGUGAACUUAAAUUCUUUGACUGUUUGAUGAUUCAUAUAUGUACAUAGGCUCUCUGAUCCCAUUUCAUAUUGCACCAUACAGGAACACUUUGUAUAAAUGAAUGAAUAUUUUCAUAUUAUUUUUAGUAUCAUGAACCCAUUACAGGCCAAUUAACCUCAUAAAUUUGUCAUUAGUCUUUGAAAAAAAAACAUGUAAAUAUGUAUGUAUAACAUGAGAAUUUCUCAAACUGGGUUUUAAAAAUUUUGGAAAAGUUUGAAGAAGUAUAUCAUGUGAAUUCAGCUUUACCUCAUUGAAAUUUUGUGAUUAAUAAUUAAGAAUUAUGUUUAGGUAGGAAAAAAAACUUGUUUUGAUCUCAGGUAGAAAAAUUGUUUUGUGUAUUGUGUAACCUUAAACAUUUAAAAAAAAAAGCCCUAGAAUUUAUUGUUUAACUAAAAGUAAUUGAAAAUGAUGCCUUUGGUUUAUUAUCAUACUAUCAUUUUUUUAGACUUGUACGUGUUUAACAGUGUCCAAGUCUGGUUUGUUUAGAUCCUGAACAGUGUUAAAAUAAUUUAAUAAAUAUUUGUCAUUAUUAUUUAAAAACUAGUGUUUGCACACUUCAAAGCAAUUAAUGUGGAUUUGUUUGCCCAAUAGCCACUCCCAAUUCUUAUAAUUAUCUGAUUUACGAAAUUUCUUUCUCAAACAAGUAACAUGUUUCUUCCUUUACCUUUUUUUAAUUAGGAAGCUCUGUCAGUAAUAAUUUUAUCAACCUUUUAAAAAAUUGAAUAAAGAUCCAUAAAUCAACACACAGUCCAAAAUAAAAUUACCUUUAAUGUCUUUUUCAUUUUUAUUGGAUAAACAAAUAUCCUUUCUAUAAUUUGUCAUUAGGUGCAUUCGGUUCAUUUGACUUAUUUAUGGUUUAAAUAUGCUAAUGGAUGAAAGGAUAAUGUUUGUGACUGUUAAAGAAGAUACAGUUAACGUGGAACCUUCAAAGGCUGAAGAAGGAAAUGUUUGAAGUGAUACACAAUGAUGCCCUGAAGUUGCCCCAUGGUAACUGGGAUAGUUUGUUAGAACAAAGAAUAAAUUAAGCCUACCAGCAGUGAUCCCUGAGUGCAGAGACAGGAGUAAGUAAACUCUGAACACCACUGGGUGUGUCCUAAAACAACAACAGCAGCAAAAUAAAGUAUAAAUUACUGGAUGUUGUACUAUAGCUUAAUGCCUUUACUAAAAGACUUUUUCUCCCCCUUUGGCCAAUCAAACUCAGGGCCUCACAGUCAAGGCAUGCACUUUACCCUCUGAGACAUAUCACAAUCUCCUCCCCAUACCCUGCUCUCCCACCCCAAAGCAUUUAUUUUCACUUUGCUACUUAAGAUGCUUUGAACAAAAGGAAAUAGUUCUGAAGCUUCCACUGUUGUUCCACAGUAUAACUGGUUAGAAAUGUGAGGUAAUACUGCAUUUACACUCUUAGCUAGUGCUGGCAAUUGCUGGCUAAGAGACUCAUUUCUGUGCCUCAAAUUCCUUAUUUGCAAAUGGGGAAUUAUAAUUCCUAACUGAUAAUCUUUGCAAAGACUUAAUAUGCACUUAGAGCAGUGCCCAAUAUUUGUUAAGCCCUAAACACAUUAAGGCAUCUAUUUUCUGUAGGGUGGAGAGUUUUUGAGAAUAGGAAUCUC